AUGGAUCCGGUCGGUCCGUGGUCGUACACGACGUACAAUCGAAUACCGGGUGCGGCGAGCGGUGAGUUUCAUCACCAUCUGGCAUCGGCCGCAGCAGCCGCCGGUGGAACGGCCGGUCUCGCCGCACAUCAUAACGCCUCCGGUGUCGGGGUUCCUUCGACCACCUCGCAAUUACUGCUACAAGCUCACACGACAUCGCUCGGUGCCACGGGAGGUCCGUUCAACCCUCCGCCCGGUUUUCUGUCCACAGCCGCCGGAGUAACCGGAUACGAUGCCAUGUUGUCACCGUUUUUUCAUCCCGCGGCCAACCCGAAACCCGCUCACUACAGCACCACGAGUAGCGGGAGUAGCAGUAGCAACAUCAAUACUCAGCACCGGCAAGUGUUGGUCCAGGCCCAGAAUCCUGCAGCAGUGGCCGCUGCAGCGGCCGCAGCAGCAGCAGCCGCCGUCGUCAUUAAACAACAACCGGUGGAAAGUCCGGACAACAUCCGCGAUGGUUACUCGGUAGCAGCGGCUGCCGCUGCCCAUCAACAAGCGCUCGGAACGUUCUUCGAACAACAGCAGCAGCAGCAACAACAGCAACAGACGGCGGCCGUUAGCAAUGGUCCACCGCACACCGGGGCGACAGGCGCUGCGGCACCCGGAGGACCAGCUAGCGGAUCCUGGCAGGGCGGCAACAAUCAGCUGCCGAGCCCGUUUGGCAUAAUGCCCCACGAAAACGUCCUUCCACCGAGUCCUUCUUCGAACAAUCCGGUCGUCACCUCCGUAUCCGGUGGCCAUCCGUACGAAGCGUUUGGAGCACACUACAGCAACACCAUGAACCACCAUCACCAUCAGCAGCAGCAGCAGCCACUGAAUACCCUGGGCGCGAAGGUUGGUGCAACAUCGUCUCCGGUCGCUGGCCGUGCCUCGUCGCCGGCCGUCACGAAAGUGAUCGGUCAACCGGGCGGUUACUUUUCACCCACGGCAAACACCGGCAGCAGCAGCAGCGGUCCCACGGUCACCACCACCUCGCCGUACGCCGUGAAUGAAUCUCUGGCAACCGGAACCUAUCCGGGUUUGGCAGGGGCAGCCACCACGCAACAUCACAUCCCCGGCGCUGCAGCGAGUAAGUCUUGUUCCGUACCGAAUGACCGGCGAGUCGGCUUUUCGUCUUCACUUCUACCGACGUCGGGUGCCGCCGUUUCGUUGGCCGCAACAACCGUCACCUCAUCAGCUUCCUCGUCCUCUCCCUCGGUGGCCACCGGUGUUGACUUCAAGUAUCACCCGCGAGCAGUUCCGCUCGCUUCUCCCUCAUCCUCCCCCUCAGUUAGUGGACCGGGUGUGGUGCAAUACUCUGCAUCGCCUCGUGGUGAUGGUCGGCACGGCGAGGAAAAACGGCGGCUGCAUUCACCCGGUCCAGUGACUUCCUUCCAGCAGCAGCACCACCACCAACAACAGCAACAACCUCAACUGCAGCAUUUUUUAAAUCACUUUACGGUUCCGCGUCCGUCGGCAAAUCACUCGCCACCGGUGGCAGCACAGUACGGUGGCCAGAAGGGAGCGGCGCACCGUAGUGAACCGUCCCAGGUGAUCGUGAGCCAGCAACCGCAAUCGUCACCGAUUAGCUACUCGCUGACGGAUAGUCAACAGCAGAAGCACGCUCGAAGCGGCGGCAAUAGCAGCAAUAGCAGUGGCCACAGUGCCGCAAAUAGUAAUAGUAAUAGUAAUAACAAUGCGCCCCUGUCCCAGCAGCAGCAGCAAUAUCAACAGCAACACGCCAGUGCCUCUCUUACUUAUAGGUCCAGUAGUUAUAAUCCGCAUUUAGGUGCUACAGGCAGUCACGGGCUCAAUCCGUCCGCCGCUAGUGGCGAGUACGGCCGGGUUUCGCAAGGGAGCGCAGGGGAAGAUUCUCCCGGGCUUCCGGAUGCGACAGUGGCGCAUCCACAUCACGCCUCGUACCACAUGCUAGCGGUGGCUGCGGCGGCAGCUGCAGCAGCCGCAGCCUCUCACGCGGCCACCGGGGGGCAAUGCACCCCAUCGCUCACCUCCGGUUUGCCACCGUCUUCGCCCGCUGCCGGCUCAACUUCCUCCUCGUCGUCCGGUGUAUCGUCGGAUUAUUCCUCCGGCACCGUCGCCGGUGCCCCACCACCGAGAAAGGGGUCCCCUUCGUCGUCGCUCUCAGGCUAUGCGCUUUACUCUGCGGUCAAUAACGGCGGACAGCAGCAGCUCUACGUGAUCGAUCAGUCCAUGAAAGGGGGAGGGCCAGGAUCGGGGCCAGGUGGAGGAGGGUUUUUUUUGCAGCAUCAUCACGCUCAACAACAACACCAGCAGAUCGCCUACCCGUCGGUGAUAACGACCAGAGCGGCACAACAACAAACUGUUCCGACGGCACAGCACCUGCAGCACCAGCAACAACAUAUCGGUCAGUGGAACUCGGCGGCAGCCCACGAGGCUGCUAAAACCGAUCCAAUGCAGAUGGUAAAAAAUUUACAGCGACCUCCCAUGACGAUGGAGCCGGUGGCGGAGAAAAAUAUCCCACCGGAGCCUGCCCCGAAGCCGGCAUCGAAAGGAUCCCGUGCUAGUGGCGCGAAAGGAGCCCGAUCUCGACGCAAGAAAACAGAUCCGGCGACUACCUCGUCCCCGGCAAAGGCUAACGCUACGCUAAACGGCACGGUGGGACACGAGGAUGCGAGGCUUCCGAAUAGUGAUCGUUUGUUGCAGGUUCAGAACGUGGCGAGCAAAACGGAACACCGUGAGCCGGGAGCGGGCGAGUCGAUUCAACGCUGGCAUUACGGUGGCGAUGGUGGUUCGGGUGGUGCUGGUGGGGCUGGUGCCAAUCUCCCGGGGAGAAUCUUCCCCGGCCACCAUCUGGCCACUGGUUCACAGUCGUCCUUAUUUUCCUCCUCACCUCACUCGCUCUAUUAUCACCAUCCAUCGUUUCAUUCACUGCCAGGGGGCAGUGGCCCACCUCUGGUACCGCUUACUCCGAGUGAGAUAAUUAGUGGCGGGCCGGGUCCCUCCACCGUAGGCAAUUUAGGCACUAGUUCUUACACAACGUUACUGAGCGUUUCGACCACGAUCGCCAACAGUGAGGCUCGUAGAAGCGAAGACGAACGACGUGUUGGUAGUGGAGUUUCGGAUAAGGUCGUCGUGCCGGAUAUAGAAGAAGAACUUGGCUUUCUUUCAGAACACAAUGGAGCAAACAAUAGUUUGGCUGGUGGAGGAGGAGAAGGAGCGAUACAUACCUCGGGUAAAGCGGUGCCUAACAGCUCGGAGACAUCUGCCGCCGGAGGAUCCGGAACUGGAACGACAAAUAAUGGAUGCGUUUCGAAUGCCCUGAAAAAAUUCAAUAUUCCCGCCAACAUGAACAAAGGCUUCAUGGGAAGCUAUCUGAAGUUUCUGCAAGGCGAACGGGACAGCUCACCGCCACCGACCACUCGCGGUGGACGGAAAGCGAUAUGGUCAAGGCCUGAGGGCCGCAGCGCGCCAGCAAAUAAAAGCACCACUUCCAACGCUGCAGCCCAAGUGGCUACGACGACAGGAGCUACAACGAUGCCCACCACUACAACAACGGCGGGAUCGGGAACGUCCUCCGUCAAAGCGUUACCGUACGGUAGCAAUCCAAGCGAACCGGAGCACAAGCUGGAUGUUAGUACUAAAAACGGCGGUAGGGUUACGGGAGGCGGCUCUAAUCACAGUAUCCCUGCCCUGCAGGCCAAACAAGCGAACCACGAUGGGACAGGUCAACAGCAGAUGUAUAGUAGCGGUGCGAAAGAUAAUCGAAAGCGAAAGUACAAUGCACCAUCGGCGGUUGCCAGUAGGAGUCAACAAGAUCCUCUCAGCACGAUGCCACCGCAGCGCCGUCAAACGACCAGUCGAAAGGCAAAGGCAAAGGCCAUUUUACAGCAGCAACAGCUGCUGCAGCCCAGUACCAUGGAAGAGCCGGCCGAUUUUGCGCACGAUUCCGAUUCUGAUCCUGCGUGGACACCGACCGACGAUAAGGACGAUGACGAUGAAGAGCCCAUUGUUGAAGGCAGCAAAAAAUUUGCGAAAAAACGGACCACAGCUCAGACCAAGGAACAACCGGAACGGGCGCGGUCCAACAUUCUGUCAGUGGCAGCUGCAGGCGCCGGCAUAGCCGACUAUGAUUACGGAAGCGACGAGGAUGACCCUUCCACCGUUGUUCUGACGCAAGAAACGGUAUUAUCGCAGCACACUUUGUCUAUCCAACAUCAGCAGCUUCAGCAGCAAGCGACGAUGCUUCACCAAGCACCAGCGCCGUUGCAACACCAGCAACAGCAGAUGAUCAACGCGCAAACACAGCCAAUCCUUUACGGCCAACAAGCAAACAAUCACAUUGCAGUACCGGAUCAGUAUGGUAUGCACCACAGUCAGCCACAGCAAUCGUUCAACGCACCCGGCACCGCAAUGAUGGCCAGUUCCAUCUCCCAGACCCCAACUGACGAGUUCCAGGUGGGGGACUUUGUUGUGUUGCGGUCGGAUUUGGUGCAAAACUAUCCGUUCAUCUGGCGUGUCGAUGGCAAAACGUUGCUGCAAAAAUACGAAGCGUACGACGAUCCGAGUGGCAAAACGUUACAUCGGAACGUAUCAACCUACGCCGCGUGGAAUGGGGAGUCGAAAAAGUUGUACGUAAAAAUUCCCGUCCGCUUCCGGGCGCACAACGCGACGGAAUCGGUCGUCGAGUUUAUGCGCAACGAACUGCCGAUCAGCCCGGACGAGUCUGGAGGGACCGGCUCUGAUGGUAGCAACGGCGGUGCCAUCGAUCAGCAGCAGCAGCAUUUCCUUGAUAAAUCGAUGGACGAAACAAAGAUGUACCAGGACGUGUUUGAGGUGUACAUCCAGACGCUGAUAUCGCAGGCACUCGAUGCGAACUUUUUGAAAGAAAUCUUCCAGGAACAAGAUGAUUACUUCCUGACACGCGUGAAAACGAUCGACAAUCUCACGGAGGACCGCCGGCGGCGUCUCAUUCAGCUGACGCCCUGGUCUCGGAACAUACUGACGUCGAUUGGUACCUUUCCGGCGUACAACAUCAUAACCGAAGUGCACCAUCACAUUCACCAGCUUCAGCCGGUGUGUGUGGCCUGCCAUCAGCCGGGCAUCGCGAUGCGGAUCGUGCUGCAGGGCCAGACGUACAACGCCGCCACGCUGGCCCCGGCCGCAGUAGACGCUGCUUCGCAUUACGAUAAAAGCUUUCAACUGUGCAGCGCGUGUUCGGUGCGAUUCGAGCUACUGCACAAGAUUUGCCACCAAAAGUACAUGAUGUUUGUUGAGUGUGCCAAGCGCGUUAACCAGCAGAUUUCGCACGAUUCCGGCAAAGCGGCCACCGUCAUCCUGAACGAACUGCUCGCCGACGAACACUGGCUCGCGAUGCUCUUCAAGGAGGUGCGCAGCAUAUGGGCCGAAAUCGAGAGUCUCGAGCGUCAGCAGUGUCGGUUUUAGGUUUAUAUUUCCAGGCCAGCCCAUGGGCAAAUCUGUUUGGUUUUUUUGUUUGGUAAUUCAUGUUGCUUUCGAACAUGAGGCAGGUGUCGUCUCUAAGGACAUGCUUUUAUAUGUAUAUAAAUUCGCAAAAACAAAUAAUCUGCUACCUUACAUCCAGUGGUGACCGGAGCCAUGGGACGUAUGGGUGGUUGGGUGCCGUAUCGCUAUUGCUAAGUGGAAUUA